AGAAGCACAAACAACGUGUCAAAGGUCCGUGUUGUGGAGCUCCGAGUUUGGGACAAUCACUAAAGUUUGAGGAGAGAGAAAGUCACCUCAUCAGCAUGGCCUCUCCUGACUCGCCAGAAAAGUCCCUGACUCCUGUGGAUUUUAUCCAGCUGCAGCAGUACAUGGAAGACAGCAGACUGAGGAUGAAAGAUGUGCUGAAGGAGUUUCAGCCUGGGGGUCGGCUGGCCCAGCACAGCUUUGGAGAGUAUGUAGAUGAAGCAGGGUUCUGCCUCUUUCUCAAGACAUACCUAGAAGUGGAUAACUUCCCUGCAGAUUUCUGCCAACGCCUUUUUUGCUAUUUUCAACAUGUAGAGCAGGAUGGGUCCACGAAGAACCCUAUGCCCAAAGGAGGUGGGGUGAAUCUUCGUGAUGUGUCCUGUUACUUCUCAGUGCUGGAGGAAGGACAGCCGCGGGAGAAGCUUGAAUUUACUUUCAAACUUUAUGACAAAGACAGCAACAAACUCCUGGACAGCUCUGAGGUGGAUCGUAUAAUCACCCAGAUGAUGCGAGCUGCUGAUUACCUGGGCUGGGACGUGACUGAACUCAGACCAGUGCUCAAAGACAUGAUGACAGCGAUCGAUGUGGAUGACAGUGGGACUGUCACUCUGGAGGAAUGGCUGAAGGGAGGCAUGAACAAUGUGCCUUUACUUGUUCUGCUUGGACUGAAGAUCAGAGAGAGGGAUGGGCAGCAUAUUUGGAGGAUGAAGCAUUUUAAUAAGCCGACCUACUGCGCUGUGUGUGAGAACAUGCUGCUCGGCCUCGGGAAGCAGGGACUCUGCUGCAACUGUUGCAAGUAUACCGUCCACAACCAGUGUGCCAACAAGAAUCCUGAGAUCUGUGCUCGCACCUUUGUCAAGUCUAAAAACGAGAUUGGUGUUCCAGCUCACGACUGGAUCAGAGCUGACUCUACGUCCAACAAGUGUCAAGUCUGCCACAAGAAGGUCAAAACUUUAGCAGGGAGGUGUUGUGCGUGGUGCCAGGAGAUGCGUCAUGAUGAGUGUAUUACCUCUGGCUCAUCAGUCUGUGAUUGUGGACCACUGAAAGAUCACAUACUGCCCCCGUGGGCCAUACACGGUGUCUCAAAGGAGGAGGACACCAGCUUGUUAAACGUCACCCCUGACGGCCACGUACUGCAGAUUGCUCCGAUUCCCGGCACCCACCCUCUGCUGGUGUUUGUAAACCCAAAAAGUGGAGGAAAGCAGGGUGAACGAGUGCUUAGAAAGUUUCAGUACCUUCUGAACCCGCGUCAAGUUUACAACCUUUUCAACGGAGGUCCUGCACCAGGACUACACUUUUUCCGCAAUCUGCGUGACUACAGAAUCUUGGCGUGCGGAGGAGACGGCACUGCCGGUUGGCUCCUGGAUGCUAUAGACAAAGAAAACCUGCCAGUACAUCCUCCAGUAGCUAUCCUGCCUCUGGGCACAGGGAAUGACCUUGCUCGCUGUCUACGCUGGGGAGGAGGCUACGAGGGGUCAGACUUGAGAGAGAUCCUGAAGGAGAUCGAAGCUGCAGAGUUGGUUCCCAUGGACCGCUGGAGCAUCCAGGUGAUACCAGACGACCCCCAAGAGAAAGGAGACCCAGUGCCCUAUGAGAUCAUUAACAACUACUUCUCUGUUGGAGUGGAUGCCUCUAUUGCUCAUCGUUUCCACUCCAUGAGAGAGAAAUACCCCGAGAGAUUCAACAGCAGAAUGAAGAACAAACUUAUGUAUCUGGAAUUUGCCACUUCUGAGACAAUCUCUGCAUCUUGCAAGAGGCUCAAUGAAUGUCUCAUGAUUGAGUGUUGUGGGAAGCCUGUAGACCUGAGCCACACAUCUCUGGAGGGCAUAGCUGUCCUCAACAUACCCAGCAUUCAUGGAGGCUCCAACCUCUGGGGCGAGUCCAAGAAGCCUGACAAUGUGCCAGAGGUGGAGUCUAGUGAGGUUAUCACUGACCCUGAACUUCUUAAAACAAUUUCUCAAGAUAUGAGUGAUAAGCGUCUGGAGGUUUUGGGGCUUGAGGGAGUCUUAGAGAUGGGACAGAUCUACACCGGACUGAAAAGCGCUGGGCACAGACUGGCACAGGCUUCCCAAAUUACUAUCAGGACAAUUAAAGCCCUGCCCAUGCAAAUUGACGGGGAGCCCUGGAUGCAGCCUCCAUGUACUAUCCACAUAACUCACAAGAACCAAGCUAAUAUGCUGAUGGCUGCACCAGCAAAACCAGCCGGCUUCUUUCAAUUCAAGUAGAUCAACGCUUCUGCUACAUCCUCCAGUCUGUUAAGGUAUUUAGGCAUUUAGUAAUUUCAACACUUGGUGUGUAAGUGUGUUUCUAUUUUUUGAAGUUAUUACUGUGUUUGUCUCCUGCAUGUAAUCCCUGAUAUAAUUCUAAAUAAUUUCAGUACCCAACAGAUAGCUUGUACUUACAGAGAGACCACACUGACAGACCAAUGCAUCAGUCUGAUCACUGCUAUUGUGUGCCAAUUUAAAUGUAAUACAGCUGAUUUAUAGUUUUGUAAUGAAAGACUAGAGCGUGUUGUGUAUCUACAGUACAGCGAUAAGGAAUAUAUUUGUUUACUUUAUGUCGUGGUAGCUUCUUCGUGGUUAAUCAAAUGUACAUUUUUUGUAUGUCUUCGGCCUUCAGAAGCUCAUAGCAGCUCACCUUGUUUCACUGUCAGUGUUUAUUCAACGGAGAGGAAAAUAUAUUAUGUAAAUUAUUUCAGAGUUUUUCGUGUGUGUGUGUGUGUGUGUUUUUACUGUUUCUUAGAUAGGUGAAGAAAUGAUUUAAGUAUUAUUUGUGUGAAUGUGGCUUUAUAAAGCUCUACAGUCAGUUCUCAGGAGAGAGGCUUUGAUAUCACUCUCCCAAAUUGCUUAAGUUUAAUACACAAAAAUAGCAUCCCAUACAAUACAUUGAAGAGACAAGAGUAAUACAGUUUUCUGUAAUUAUGUAACACUGCUGACAAUGUGUGUCUUUGGGUCAUCUUUGUAAGGAGAUUCUCCUAUUGAGUAGGCUUCUUAAAACAGCCACAAAAAACUUCAGAAAUCUAAUGAAAUAGGAAUGUUUUGAAUAAUUUAAUGUGACAGGGAAAACUCUGAUGUUAAUAUUUUGUUGUAUUUUGUUGAUGUGCAUUACUGUAUGUGUUUUCAACCUUCAGGGCAGUCUUGUGUUGGAUGUACAGUGUACUUACAGUGUGCAUGUGUUUUGACAGAAUCUCAGUUUCAGCAAAGUUGUCACAUUUACAUUUACUGAAUUGUCCUCAGAUAUAAUUACAAUAUUUGUCGCCCCACUACAAGUCUGUUUGUAAUAUACUGUUUUACUUGUUUAUAUUCGUGGAUAUCUUAUUCUUUGUCGCAGCUAAAAAUGAAGCCCUUCAAGGUUUGUUUACACUGGAAUGAAAGAGACUUAUACCAUAACAUAAUACAGUAUUUUUUGAGGAUACAAAACACACCAAUUCAUCUAAAUCUUUUAAACUAUGUUAAAGUAAAAUGGCAGCAUACCCGAAUGUUUACAUGGUCAUAUUAGCGAUCUAAAUAAGAUGCUGCUUUCAAAGGGGAAAAACACAUAUUUACAUGUAAAAAAACACCAGCAUGAAGUGUACUCUCAUGCUUAUCUGUCAGAAUGUUUAUCAUUGUGUAAUAAUGCCUAUAUUAAAAGAAUACUGGCUUGUGUA